CCUGCCCGCACCCUCCCCCCGGCCUGGCCGGCGCCCCCUCGCGCCCCGGGCGGGCCCUGCACGUCUCGCGAGCGGCCCGGAGCGGCGGGGAAGGCGGGGCCCGCGGGCGGCCGGGCAGGGCUGGGGCGGCGCGAGCCCGGGCCGGAGCGGGGCGAAGCGGGCCGAGCGGUGGGCCAGGCCGGGCCGGGCAGGGCCGGGGCGUGGGCCGGCGGGAAGAUGGCGAACGUGGGGCUGCAGUUCCAGGCGAGCGCCGGGGACGCGGACCCGCAGAGCCGGCCCCUGCUGCUGCUCGGGCAGCUGCACCACCUGCACCGCGUGCCCUGGAGCCACGUCCGCGGGAAGCUGCAGCCCCGGGUCACCGAGGAGCUUUGGCAGGCUGCCCUGAGCACCCUCAACCCCAACCCCACGGACAGCUGUCCCCUCUACCUGAACUACGCCACCGUGGCUGCCUUGCCCUGCAGGGUGAGCCGGCACAACAGCCCCUCGGCUGCCCACUUCAUCACGCGGCUGGUGCGGACCUGCCUGCCGCCCGGAGUGCAUCGCUGCAUUGUGAUGGUCUGCGAGCAGCCCGAGGUCUUUGCCUCCGCCUGUGCCCUGGCCCGGGCCUUCCCACUGUUCACCCACCGCUCAGGUGCCUCUCGGCGCUUGGAGAAGAAGACGGUCACUGUGGAGUUUUUCCUGGUGGGACAAGACAACGGGCCAGUGGAGGUGUCCACGCUGCAGUGCUUAGCAAAUGCCACAGAAGGCGUGCGGCUAGCAGCCCGCAUCGUGGACACACCCUGCAACGAGAUGAACACCGACACCUUCCUUGAGGAGAUUAACAAAGUUGGAAAAGAGCUGGGGAUUGUCCCAACCAUCAUCCGGGAUGAGGAACUGAAGACAAGAGGAUUUGGAGGAAUCUAUGGGGUUGGCAAAGCCGCCCUGCACCCCCCAGCCCUGGCAGUCCUCAGCCAUACCCCGGAGGGAGCCACGCAGACCAUCGCCUGGGUAGGCAAAGGCAUCGUCUAUGACACUGGGGGCCUCAGCAUCAAAGGGAAGACUACCAUGCCAGGGAUGAAGCGGGACUGCGGGGGCGCCGCGGCUGUCCUGGGGGCCUUCAGAGCCGCAAUCAAGCAGGGUUUCAAAGACAACCUCCAUGCUGUGUUCUGCUUGGCUGAGAACUCAGUGGGGCCCAACGCGACGAGGCCAGAUGACAUCCACCUGCUCUACUCAGGGAAGACAGUGGAAAUCAACAACACGGAUGCCGAGGGCAGGCUGGUGCUGGCAGACGGUGUGUCCUAUGCUUGCAAGGACCUAGGGGCUGACAUCAUCGUGGACAUGGCUACCCUGACCGGGGCUCAGGGCAUUGCUACAGGGAAGUACCACGCCGCGGUGCUCACCAACAGUGCUGAGUGGGAGGCAGCCUGCGUGAAGGCCGGCAGGAAGUGCGGGGACCUGGUGCACCCGCUGGUCUACUGCCCCGAGCUGCACUUCAGCGAGUUCACCUCAGCCGUGGCUGACAUGAAGAACUCGGUAGCGGACCGAGACAACAGCCCCAGCUCCUGUGCCGGCCUCUUCAUUGCCUCACACAUUGGCUUCGACUGGCCCGGAGUCUGGGUCCACCUGGACAUUGCUGCGCCGGUGCACGCCGGUGAGCGAGCCACGGGCUUCGGCGUGGCCCUCCUGCUGGCGCUCUUCGGCCGUGCCUCUGAGGACCCUCUGCUAAACCUGGUGUCCCCGCUGGGCUGCGAGGUGGACGUCGAGGAGGAGGACAUGGGGAGGGACUCCAAGAGACGCAGGCUAGUGUGAGGCUUCUGCCUCGGCCCUGACACACAGGGAUCUUUUACCUCACUUUGCACUGAUUAAUUUUAAGCAAUUGAAAGAUUGCCCUUCCGAUGGGUUUUGGUUUGUC